CGAUGCCCAGCGUGAAAGAAUGCAACGAUAGUGACGGCGAAGAAAUGGACCAGGAAACGCCCGAAAGCGAGAAAACGAGCAAUGAUGACUCCGACUCGUCGUCGGGAUCCGAAGAUGAAGACAGUUCAGAAAUGGAUGAGGAGGACUGUGAGAGGCGGCGGACAGAAUGCAUCGAUGACAUGGCCGACCUCGAAAGGCAGUUCAUGCACCUCAAAGAGAAGUUGUACUUUGAGCGGGCCCAUCAGAUCGAAGCCAAGCUUGAGGAGGUCAGGGCGGGUCGCGCUCCUGAGUACCUCCAGCCGCUGGAGGACCUGCAGGACAACAUGCGUAUUCGGAUCGAAGUCGCAGGAAUUCUUCGAGAGAUGAAAUUGAAGAACAUCAGGAGGAAGUAUGAGGCCGAAGAGACGGCAGCAUUGCAGAAUUUCCAGAGCGAACAAGCCUUGCUCAGGGACUCACUCAGAAGCGAGCUCGAGGAGAAGAUAAGACGACUGGAGGAAGACCGCAACAGCAUCGACAUCACCUCAGAUCUCUGGACAGAACAGAUCACUCACAAAAAGAAUAGGCGCAAGACCGACGCCAUGACCUCGGACAAGCGGAAAAAACCGGUCACCGUCUCAGGUCCCUACAUCGUGUACAUGCUGCGCGAGAACGAAAUUCUGGAAGACUGGACGGCGAUCCGGAAGCUCUCCCUCGUCUCUCCCAGGCGCUGAAGGCGGCGCGGCAGAAGAACGAACUGCUCUUAUGAGACUCCUUCGCACAUCCCAUCCUUCAUCCAUCGUGGACCCUCUGACAUCCUGCCAGCCAGCCAUGGUCAGAUGUACAUAGAGCGCUAGCAAGCAAGACCCAUCAGCCAUCAUCAGCAUCCCUAUUAAAUACCCACUUUAAUAUCAUACUGUUUAACUGCCACUGCAUGCUCUGCCUUGGUGUAUGGGGGAGGGUGUUCUCUUGUAUUAGUCACGCGUCUCAUUGUCAACCGCUAAAGUAUGCCAUCCGUCGAAUUUCGAGGCAUUUUCAUAAUCUUUUGUGCAAGGCAUCUCAAAAGUUUCACAGGCUUUCGUACGACACAAACUUGUGGCAGAACGGUUUCGCGGCCAUUGUCGCCAUGUGUUCUGCACGUGCGUGGCAGUGACGUCAUCUAAAUGAAUGACUGCCCAAUGGCCGCAUCUUCCAGAAAAGUGAUU